GAAAAAUGGCAGUGGAGUUGGGAAUGAUGAGGAUUCUCCUGUUUGCUUGUCUUCUCGUUGGUGACAUUUUGUCAUUCCUGGUGCACCACAAAAGAUGUCACUACAACUUUGAAUGUGCCAACUUCUAUUGUCAUGGACAUGGUCCAUCUGUUUGUCAUGGUUACCUUUGUCGUUGUAUAGAUUCUCACGGGACUGUAACAACCACGCCCAUUCCCGUGUGCCAGAACAACACAGACUGUGCUUCCUAUCCAUGUUCAGACAGCACCUAUCCCUACUGCCACGUUAAUCCACAGAUUUGUGGUUGUGCAACAUGCCUAGAGGACCGUCACUGUCAUUGCGAGCUCGGGGACACACCUGUCUGUUCUUAUCAUUCCUCUAGUCAGACACAUCAGUGUCGAUGUCAACAUCCAGAUACAACUUCUACGAGUACUACUACAACUACUACACGAGAUGCCUACACAACAGCAAAAGUUCCAGUGAAGCCGUGUCCCACAUGCGACCAGAACCUCUCCUGUGAGUGGAACACAACUUGUGCAGAAUCUGAGACGUGCAUGAUACAGUCCUACCCGGGAUACAAGUUUACUGUACACUGUUCAAAGAUACAAGAUUGCCAGUUUAUAAAAGCUGCUCUUCCUGCAGGAGAAAUCUACUGCUGCAACGACAGAGAAUGUUUAAGAAAUUAUCUCGUCCAGUCCUGCACUAGAAGCGCUGCAGAUUAUCUAAACAGACAAUAAAGGUGUAAAUUUCAACGGAUAGUAUUUACUAGGAUUAUCAUUGCAUAUCUUGGUAUACGCAAUCUUAUUACAAUCUAUGUCUAUUCGAAUUAUAAUAUAUUCCUUUUUUAAUUAAAAUGUAUUCAAUGUU